AUGGAGCCAGUCCAGUCCAGCCAUGGAGCCAGUCCAGUCCAGCCAGGGAACCAGUCCAGUCCAGCCAUGGAACCAGUCCAGUCCAGCCAGGGAACCAGUCCAGUCCAGCCAGGGAACCAGUCCAGUCCAGCCAGGGAACCAGUCCAGUCCAGCCAGGGAGCCAGUCCAGUCCAGCCAGGGAACCAGUCCAGUCCAGCCAGGGAACCAGUCCAGUCCAGCCAGGGAACCAGUCCAGCCAGACAGGUCGUCCAGCCAGGGAGCCAGUCCAGUCUAACCAGGGAGCAGCAGAAGCUCCAUUUGACUCUAGCUGACUCCACCACUCAACCCAGUCCCAGCCCCCCAGUCCCAGCCCUCCAGACUCAACCCUUCAGUCCCAGCCCUCCAGCCACCUCGCCCCCAGUCCCAGCCCUCCAGUCCCAGCCCUCAAGCCACCCGCCCCCAGUCCCAGCCCUCCAGUCACCUCACCCCCAGUCCCAGCCCCCUCCAGCCACCUCUCAACCCAGUCUCAGCCUUCCAGAUCCAGCCUUCCAGCCACCUCUCCCCCAGUCCCAGCCCUCCAGACCCAGCCCCCAGUCACCUCGCCCCCAGUCCCAGCCCUCCAGACCAAGCCCUCCAGCCACCUCUCCCCCAGUCCCAGCCCCCAGCCACCUCGCCACCAGUCCCAGCCCUCCAGACCCAGGCUUCCAGACCCAUCUCUCCACCAGACCUAGCCACCCAGCCCUCCAGUCACCUCGCCCCCAGUCCCAGCCCUCCAGACCAAGCCCUCCAGCCACCUCUCCCCCAGUCCCAGCCACCCAGCCACCUCGCCACCAGUCCCAGCCCUCCAGACCCAGCCUUCCAGCCACCUCUCCACCAGACCUAGCCACCCAGCCCUCCAGUCACCUCGCCCCCAGUCCCAGCCCUCCAGUCCCAGCCUUCCAGUCACCUCUCCCCAGACCCAGCCCUCCAGACCAAGCCCUCCAGCCACCUCUCCCCAGUCCCAGCCCUCCAGUCACCUCGCCCCCAGUCCCAGCCCUCCAGUCCCAGCCCUCCAGUCACCUCUCCCCAGACCCAGCCCUCCAGACCAAGCCCUCCAGUCACCUCGCCCCCAGUCCCAGCCCCCAGCCACCUCAUCCCCAGACCAAGCCCUCCAGCCACCUCUCCCCCAACCCAGCCCUCCAGACCAAGCCCUCCAGUCACCUCGCCCCCAGUCCCAGCCCUCCAGACCAAGCCCUCCAGUCACCUCGCCCCCAGUCCCAGCCCCCAGCCACCUCGCCCCCAGACCAAGCCCUCCAGCCACCUCUCCCCCAGUCCCAGCCCCCAGCCACCUCGCCACCAGUCCCAGCCCUCCAGACCCAGGCUUCCAGACCCAGCCCUCCAGCCACCUCUCAACCCAGUCUCCGCCCUCCAGUCCCAACCCUCCAGACCCAGGCUUCCAGCCACCUCUCCACCAGACCUAGCCACCCAACCCUCCAGUCACCUCGCCCCCAGUCCCAGCCCUCCAGACCCAGCCUUCCAGCCACCUCUCCCCAGUCCCAGCCCCCAGCCACCUCUCCCCAGUCCCAGCCCUCCAGCCACCUCUCCCCAGUCCCAGCCUUCCAGUCACCUCGCCCCCAGUCCCAGCCCCCAGCCACCUCGCCCCCAGACCAAGCCCUCCAGCCACCUCUCCCCCAGUCCCAGCCCCCAGCCACCUCGCCACCAGUCCUAGCCCUCCAGACCCAGGCUUCCCGACCCAGCCCUCCAGCCACCUCUCAACCCAGUCUCAGCCCUCCAGUCCCAACCCUCCAGACCCAGGCUUCCAGCCACCUCUCCACCAGACCUAGCCACCCAGCCCUCCAGUCACCUCGCCCCCAGUCCCAGCCCUCCAGACCCAGCCUUCCAGCCACCUCUCCCCAGUCCCAGCCCCCCAGCCACCUCUCCCCAGUCCCAGCCCCCAGCCACCUCUCCCCAGUCCCAGCCUUCCAGCCACCUCUCCCCAGUCCCAGCCCUCCAGCCAUCUCUCCCCAGUCCCAGCCCCCCAGCCACCUCGCCACCAGUCCCAGCCCUCCAGACCCAGCCUUCCAGCCACCUCUCCACCAGACCUAG